GCACACAGAAAGUGAUGACGUGACCAGCAGUAGCUACGUCAGCAUGUGGUGAUAGAAAAUUGGUUUACUUUUCUGUUAUCCCAUAUUUUACAGUCUUUAUCAAGUAUCUUGCAGUAAAUGACAUUGUUUUAAAAUGGAAGUCACGGAGGUGGUGUCUCUCCAUGUUGCUUUGCCUGUUUUAGGCGUUGUUUUCUGUGCUUUCCUUGUUUUUGCGUUCGGUUUCAAGUCGCCAGCACAGCCACCAAGCUUUGACUUCGAUGAUGACAAGAAGCAGAGAGAAAAGAGGUCGAAAAGAAGCAAGGUGAAGAGUUCUGCCAAUGGCCAUGUCGCAAUUGGCAUUGCUGAUGAGAACACAACCUCAUCCAAAUCAGCCUCUCCCAAAGUGUCUGCCAAACAGUCCAGUGCAAGUAACACAAGCAAGUCAAAGACACCUGAAGCAAAAUCUCCCAAGUCAGACAAAAAUGAUAAAAAGCAGGCCAAGAAGCAGUCAGCCAAAGAGGAAGCGAAGAGCAAAUCCAAGCCAGUAGUAGAAGAUGAUGCAGCAGAUGGAUGGGUUACAAAGACUUCUCGCAAAGUGAAGAAGCAGAAAGGCAGCAAAGAUGAGAAAGCUGACAACAGCUCUGACGAGCGCAGCAAGCCCAGCACCUCGGAAGACAAACCAGCCCCGGAGGUGAAGCAGGAAACUACGGUCGUUCAGACCGAGACGGAGGUCAGCCCGAAAGGUCAGCGUCCAGCUAAGAACAAGAAAUCGCCAAAGAAUGAGAAAGACAGCGAGGAGCCAGUGAAGGUUGCUGAGCCCAAGACAGCAGCUCCACCAUCGGCACCGGCACCGGCACCGGCACCGGCACCGGCACCGGCACCGAAACAAGACAAGCCAGCGGAAGCUGCCCCUCCCCCAAAGAUGGCACCAAAAGAAGCUGAAUUUACAGAUGUAAGCCCAAAGAAAAAGUCAAAAUCUAAAAAGGAUAAUAAAAAAGGCAGUCCUACUCCUGAGGGCAAACCCUCCGAAGUUCAGGACAUUCCCAAACCUGUGGAGCCUGAGGUCAAGGUCACUCCCCAGCAGCCACAGGAAGAACCCAAAAUAGUUAAGAGUCCAAAAAAGAAAAAGAAUAAGGAGUCUUCCCCAGAUAAAACUGACAAGGUUUUACAAGCUAAUAGUGAAAAUAAAGGUUCACCAGAAAAAAAUAAAACUGAUAAAAAGUCUAUAGCUGAGCCGCCUGAGAAGAGUAAAAAGACAGCAUCUGAGCCGCCAUCAGCCCCAGAUGCAGCCACUGCUGCCAAGGGCGAUGUGGGAGGUGCUGCUGGUGGUGAUGCGGCCAAGGCGGAGGCAACGAAACCUGUCACAUUUGAUGAGAUGGGUGGAACUGGAGAUUCUUGGGAAGCUGUUCCUAAAAGUAAAAAGAAGAGAUCCCGUCGUGAAAACUAGGAACACUCAAGAUAAAUAUUGCUGCCAUGGUGAUGUGCAGUGGGGAGAACAAGAGCUGUCUCCCCUUACCUCAGAUGUACUGGAAGAAGGCCAGCCUAUGCUCAUGUUCUCAGACAAAGUUUUGUUGGGGGGGAAGAGGGGCCAACUAUAUUUUUGUGUUACAAAUGAUCUAGUCAGCCAUAUAUUUAGUCGUAAAGAUGCUACUGUGAUAGGUAAACUGGAGGCUGGUCGAAGAAGAUAUCUUUUCUAUUGUAGAUUACUUACCAUUUGGGUUUUCACUUUCCGAAGUUUAAAUAGGGAGUGUCAGGUGACAUGGUGCUUUAAAACAUAUUUUUAUGAUUACUUAGAGAGAAAAGUAUGCAUUGUAUUUUGCUUUCACAUUUCAUUCUCAUCAUGCUUAUAUUGUAAAAUAAAUCUUUGAGUUCAUGCCUCAAACAAGGGAGGUAAGUGUGUCUCCUGUUAACUAAUCUUAAAUGGCCUUCUAAUGCAAUUGUCUUGAUAAGGGUUCAUAUAUGUGAUUGUUCUCGUCCAAUCAUCUUCAUCGUGAUCUCACCGAUGAAGAGAUAUCUUCUUCAACUGGUUGGGAUGUAACGUUCUCCACUGAUAGCAGCCCCCUGCACAGGUGUAGUGUUGUGUACUCCUGUACAGUGUUGAGUCUACGUGACACAAUGUAGGGUCUAUGUGACACAAUAUAGUCUCUACAUGACACAAUGUAGGGUCUAUGUGACACAAUAUAGUCUCUACAUGACACAAUGUAGGGUCUACGUGACACAAUAUAGUCUCUACGUGACACAAUGUAGGGUCUAUGUGACACAAUAUAGUCUCUACGUGACACAAUGUAGGGUCUACGUGACACAAUAUAGUCUCUACGUGACACAAUGUAGUGUCUAUGUGACACAAUAUAGUCCCUGCAUGACACAUUGUAAGGUCUACGUGACAGUGUUGAGUCUGUGACACAAUGUAGGGUCUACAUGACACAAUGUAAUCUCUAUGUGACACAAUGUAGGGUCUGUGACACUAUGUUGAGUCUAUGUGACACAAUGUAGGGUCUACGUGACACAAUGUAGAGUCUAAGUGACCCACAAUGUAAGGUCUGUGAGAGACAACGGCUGUUCAGUAUUUCAUUGAUAUUGUUUCCUGGACCAAGUCCAUUCACUCAGUAAUAGGGACCACUGUCGACAUGAAUAAUUCCUAUUCCUGCAGGGUGGACCCAACGUAAACGUGAAAGCUCAACUCAUGCUUGUUCUGAUUCUGCGCAGGAUUUGAUUCAAACUGACUCCUAAAAAAUAGAUUGCCUAACCAUUUGUUUUAAUUGUGGGGGUAGAUCUGCCUGAUUACCAUGUGGAAUCUUCGAUACUUUGACAAGCGUGUAUUGUUGACGGAAUAUUUCAGUCAGUCCAUUGGUUGUGAGACAUCAUUACAGGUGGUGUUGGGAAACAUGCAUGUUUAAAUGUAAUUGGGGAGAUAUAGACGAGAAUGUGCCAAAGCAGGUAUUGAAGGGUGCCAAACUCACAAAGCAUCAAUCUCAUUCAAAUCAGAUUAUUGCUAAACAAAGAUCUGAGGACAUUCCAUUACGGGUCAUGUCAGAACGACCUUUCAUCCGACCAAUCAAAGCGCUUACAAGAUCAUGAAAGUGACAGUCGGAAUGUGGUUUCUAAUCAUGCAACCUUGAAAACGUUUUCAUGGGGUAUUCCCAACGACAGUUAUGGCCCGUACGACUGAUUCCGUCAAAAUUAUCGUCUAUCUCUCGCUUCUAUGGUAUAAACAUUUAAACGGAAGAGGCAUUGCACAGUAUGUAGGAAGCACUGCCAUACAAUCUCAACCAUAUAUUAGACAUUCAGGAAUGUUUGUUUUUUCAGUUUUCAAAAUUUUAAUCGAUAACACUGACAACAUAUCUGAAAUGGAAGUCGCCAGGUUGAAACA